GCGCCGGGCGGCGAUGGCGGCGGACGGGGACUGGCAGGAUUUCUAUGAGUUCCAGGAGCCGGCCCGGAGCCUCCAGGACCAGGAGAACUGUAACGCGAGCCCCGAGGCCGGGGCAGGGCCGGGCGGGGGAGGUGACGGCUUCCCGGCGCUGGCCUGCAGCUUGGAGGAGAAGCUGAGCCUGUGUUUCCGCCCCUCGGGUCCCGGCGCCGAGCCCCCGAGGGCGGCCGUGCGGCCCAUCACCGAGCGCAGCCUCCUGCAGGGGGACGAGAUUUGGAAUGCCCUGACUGAUAAUUAUGGAAAUGUCAUGCCGGUAGACUGGAAGUCAUCCCAUACUAGGACCUUGCAUUUGCUUACGCUGAACCUCUCAGAAAAAGGGAUAAGUGACAGUUUGCUCUUUGAUACGUCAGACGACGAGGAACUGAGAGAACAGCUGGAUAUGCAUUCCAUCAUUGUCUCCUGCGUUAACGAAGAGCCCCUCUUCACUGCAGAUCAGGUUAUUGAAGAAAUUGAAGAAAUGAUGCAGGAGUCUCCAGACCCAGAAGAUGACGAGACACCCACACAGUCAGAUCGGCUAUCGAUGCUGUCCCAGGAAAUCCAGACUCUUAAGAGGUCCAGUACUAGCAGUUAUGAAGAGAGAGUAAGAAGGCUCUCGGUCUCGGAAUUAAACGAGCUGCUGGAAGAAAUUGAGACUGCCAUCAAGGAAUACUCCGAGGAGCUGGUGCAGCAGCUGGCCCUGCGAGACGAACUGGAGUUCGAAAAGGAAGUGAAAAACAGCUUUAUUUCUGUUCUCAUUGAAGUGCAGAACAAACAGAAAGAGCACAAAGAGACAGCCAAAAAGAAAAAGAAGCUCAAGAACGGCAGCUCCCAGAAUGGGAAGAACGAGAGAAGUCACAUGCCCGGCACACGCUUCAGCAUGGAGGGGAUCUCAAAUGUCAUUCAGAAUGGCCUCCGCCACACCUUUGGAAAUUCAGGUGGAGAGAAACAGUACUUGACAACAGUCAUUCCUUACGAGAAAAAAAAUGGACCACCAUCUGUUGAAGAUCUUCAAAUACUAACAAAAAUUCUUCGUGCCAUGAAGGAGGACAGUGAAAAGGUUCCGAGCUUGUUAACUGAUUAUAUACUGAAAGUUCUGUGUCCUACAUAAGGUAUCAGUCCAGGAGCGGCUUUCCCUUUCGCGGACUACAGGCUAGAUAUUUCCUAUGGCAUUGUUCCGAAAGCUGGCUACCACCCCCUUCCUGCUGUUGGAGACUCCGCGCACUUGAACUUGGGUUUGUGAUUCAGUGUUACUAGAUCAUGCUUUCACUAAUUCUGUUAUGAACCAAGAGAUGUAUGGCACGGUUUUGAAUUCUACAGGUGCUUUUUGUUAAAUGCUAACAAUUAUGAGCUCCUCUCCUCCAACUUUGUAGAGGAAGGGGGAGUGGUAUGUGCGCAUGUGCAGUUGCAUUUUUCCUGCACUGACGGUUCGCCCGGUUGAGUUUUGUGGCUUUCUAGAGCUGCCCUGCACUGAAGAACUUGUUGAAAGCAUUGAGAGAUUCUUCAGUGAUGGCCAGAACCCACCCUGAUCUAGGGAGCGGUCAGGAUGAAUAGUACCUACCAGUAUUGUCCAGGGAGACGGACCCUGAAGCGUGGGCUGCCCUGGGAAGGGGCCGGUCCGGCGCAGGCACUGCGGCGAGCCUCGCCGGGACCAGCUGGCGAGCACGGAGGCUGCUGCGCCUCACCACCGCCCCAGCUGUCACCGUCAAGUUGCCCUUCACUUUCAGAAUCUUGUAUUAACUCUGGAUGCUUAAAUGUUUUGCCUCCCGCGUCUGUGAACAAGUGUCCUUUAAAAGGAGUUUGUGUCCUUUAAGGUGCUUACCUGUGUGCUGCAGCCUCGCCCCACUCCCACUCGGGUUCUGUCCCCCCUACGCCUGCCUGUCUUCCUCAAGUCCCAGUCCUGGGAGCAGCGCCUCGUCCAUAGAUCCUGGUCUCGAAACAACUUUGCCCAGUUCCACAAGUCAUUGCCACCAUUUAAUAAAUGUUGGGAGAAAGGGUAACAUA